CCCGCCGCCGGUCCGGCCCCGCCGCGCUCCCCCCGGGCGCCGCGGCCCGAUCGCGCCGUUCCGGGCGGCGGCCGCCAUGGCCGCGGCGGGCGGAGACGGGCCCGGGGGGCCCGGGGCGGGCCGGGCCCUGCAAACCGCCAUGAAGGCGGCGAGUGGCGCCCUGGAGAUGGACAGCGCCGGGCGGGCGCGGGAGGCAUACGUGGAGUACCUGCGGAGCAUCGCCCUCAUCGCCCGGGCCCUGCAGGACGAGGUGACAGGGACAGACGGCAGCGAGGUGGUCACCCCCGACACCCCAAAGAUGCUGAAGCUGGCAGAGCAGUGUCUGGAGAGGGUCAAGUCCAUCGUGGCGGCGCUGGGGAAAGACCAGGCCAAACUGGCUGCACAGGAGCGAAGCGGGGGCCCCGCUCCCCUCCCCAGGCACCGCCGGGUCUUUUCGGACGAGGGAGGGAAGCUCUCCCCCUUCCUGCCUCCUGAGAUCUUCCAGAAGCUGCAGAUCGCCGAGGCGCAGAGCACACGCAAGGAGCUGACACCGCUGGAGGAGGCGUCUCUGCAGAACCAGAAGCUGAAGGCCGCCUACGAGGCGCGGGUGGCACGGCUGAACCCCAGCCAGGCACUGCAGAAGACCUCACUGACGCUGUCCCUGCAGCGCCAGAUGAUGGAGAACCUGUUGAUCGCCAAGGCCCGGGAGGAGACGCUGCAGCGGAAGAUGGAGGAGCGGCGGCUGCGGCUGCAGGAGGCUGCCAACAGGAGGUUCUCCAGCAGCGUGGCACUCACCCCCGAGGAGCAGGAGCAGAGAGCCCUGUAUGCCGCCAUCCUCGAGUAUGAGCAGGACCACGACUGGCCGCGGCAGUGGAAGGCCCGGCUGAAGCGCAGCCCAUCCGAUCUCUCCCUGGUCUCGGGGCUCUUCUCCUGCCUCCUCAGCUUCCCCGAUCACCCCAUCGCGCGGCUCCUGCGGCAGCUGCAGUGUGCCGUGUACGCCCGCCUGUACCCGGCUGUCAGCCACAGCACCGCCGACCCCCCCGCCUCCCCCACCGGCCUCCCCUUCCUCUCGCUGGACGCCGGGGGCUCGUUACCCGCCGAGCUGGGGGGCCGCCGGCUCCGGGCCUCCCGCAGCCUCCACUGCAUGUUCUCGGUGCCCGAGCAUGGCACGGCUGGCCUGCGGCACAGUCUGUCCAGCACUCCUGUUGCUGACGGCGGUCUCGGCACCCCACGGGUGGAGGGCGGGUGUCCAGGGCCAGCAGCAGCCCCCCAGCCCCCCAUGCCCCCCCGGGAGAGCUCCUUUGAGGACCUGGAGCGGUUUCUGGCGUCGCCAGAGGGCUGGACACCUAUGGAACCUCUUGGGAAGGAGCCAGCCCUGCCCGAGCAGCUGAAGGGCAUCGUGCGGGACAUCCACAAUGCCAUUGACAGGCUGCUGUCCCUGACGCUGCUGGCCUUCGAGGGGCUCAACACGGCCGCCGGCAAGGACCAGAGCCUGGCGUGCCUGGAGGAGGCGUUCUUCCCCCCGCUCUGGGCCCCACUGCUGGCCCUGUACAGGAAUGUGCACCGGCCCCGUGAGGUGGCCCUGGCCCGCAGCAUGGAGCAGCACCGGCACGCCGGCCCUACCGACAUGGGACUGUCCUCCCGGCUCUUCCCCACGGCCCCCGGCUGCCCUGCAUAUGGCUCCGCCAUCGAGGACCUGCGCCUCAUCCCGCUGGAGACGUGUCCCCGCAGGAAGCUGGAGUGCAUCGUGCGAGCCCUGCGCAGCAUCUGCGAGUGCGCCGAGGAGUACUGUGGGGCUGGGGAUGGCCAGGGCCCCACAUCGGCUGCCAUCGGGGCUGAUGACCUCUUGCCCAUCCUGUCCUACGUGGUGCUGCGGACGGGGCUGCCCCAGCUGGUCUCCGAGUGCGCCGCCAUGGAGGAGUUCAUCCACGAGGGGUACCUGAUUGGGGAGGAGGGGUACUGCCUGACGUCCCUGCAGAGCGCCCUGUCCUACCUGGAAUCCCUGCAGUGAGGAGGCGGCACCGGGGGAUCCUCUCCGCCCUCCGGGGCACAGGCAGGUCUCGAUCCCCGCCCGGGGGUUCCCCGUGGGGCGACACCGCCGGCGCCGCUGCUCCCCCCC